AUAUUCAUGCAAAAAGAUUGAAAAAAGAGAAUAUAAAAGAACAAUUAGAAAUUUACAGCAUUCUAAAAGAUAUGAAUAUAAACAGAAAAGAAUUAGUAAAGGAGUUGGAAUUGAUGUUAGCAAAAGAAACUUUAGAAAAAACAUUAAAAAACUUAGAAUGUAAUUCAAUUUCACCACUUUCAAACCAUGGUAAUGUUAACAAAAGUGAAAGACAUACUGCUAAAAGUAUGCUUACUCAGUUAAAACAAUACGUAAAAAAUAGAGUAAUUGAAAAAGAUGAAGUACCAAAAUUAGAUACUAUACAAAAUUGGAUCGUUCGUUAUGCAAACCAAUAUCGCCAAGAAGUAGCAAAGAUAAUGGCUCAAGCAUGA